AUGACAGCCCAGCUACAUCGGAAAGAGAAAGAGCUUUCCAACUCGGUCUCUGCUAGCAGUUCAAGUACUCUUUGCACACUCAAUGCGACCAAUGAUUCAGCUUUGUUUUACCCAUCUCGCACCUUAACUGUCGAUGCUCGAGGAAUCAGUUGCUUCCGUUUACCACUUCCUUCAAGUCAGACUGAAAUCACCAUCGCCCUUGCAGACGGCAGUACCGGCUACGUCUCUACUCGCGACAAACGUUCGUCCGGCAAUAGCAUUCUCUCGCAUCCUAUAUUAGGAAAUAUGAUCCGGACCGACUAUUUCUUCGGCCCGAACCGGGAUCCCGUCCUUCGUUUGUUGCAGACUUCUAGUGUGAUCCCGGAGGAAGUAAGAGUGUCUGGCAAAUGGACAUCGCGCUCGGCUCAUUUCAUAAUGCCCAAUGGCACGAAAUAUGAAUGGGCUUAUGUGAAACAGAAGGGAUCAGAUGGCCAGAAAUUGAAGUCGAUUGUUCUUUAUGCGAUUUCUCCGGAGGACAAAGCAAAGGAAUGCGAGCAUCGUCGCGUUGCUCAGCUUGUGCGCAGCCCUGAUACUCGUACGCCUGGCACAUCGAAGUGUACUGCUGGUAAUGGCGGGCAGCUGCAAAUCGACGACGGAGCGCUACAUUCCCUGCAGCUUGACGAAUCAAUUGUCGUGGCAACGUGUCUCGUCAUGCUGAAAAAAGAAAUCGAUCGACGGCGCAUGAUACAAGCCGCAGUCAUCGCGGGUGCAGUUAGUGGCUCUUAA